AUGUCGUCUACAGCCGAACUAUCAGCAAUAGCCGUCCAAACCCCUACUGUGGACGAUGUCGCCGAGGAGGAAUUUUGCAAGGUUGUGGAUGAUAUGCGGCAGGGCAUAGCGUCCGUGCGUGAAGUAGUUCGCUCGCUCCGAGAAAAACAAGACACAUCCGAGCUCGAUAUGAAAGAUGGCAUCUCGUUGCUCUCGCUAAAGCAUCAUUUGAUGCUUUCGUACCUGCAGUCCUUGACCCUCAUCUCCUCUCGCCGAGCUGUAGGAGAUUCGUUGGCGGAGCGAAGUCCCCCCACUUCAUCCUUUGGUGCGCAGGAACGUGGUUUACGUGGCUCCGGAGCCGGUGACAGAGUAGACGCCAUGGUGGAGGCUCGGGUUGUGCUCGAAAAGAUAAAAGUAUUGGAAGGAAGGAUGAAGUAUCAAAUCGACAAACUUGUUCGUGUCGCUGAAGAAGCUCCGUCUGCAGCGCAGAACGUUGUUGAUGAUCCUCUGGCCUUCCGCCCCAAUCCCCAAGCUCUCAUGAAUCAAGGAUCAGGCUCCGAAGACGAAGAGGACGAUCGAGCUUCGCCAGAACGCGACGGGAUCUACCGGCCACCCAAACUCGCUCCAGUGCCUUACACUGAGUCGCGCAGAGAGAAAGACAGAUCGCGCCGUGCCCCUGUCCCAAGCGCGCUUUCUACCCUUCUGCACCUUGACCCAUCAAAGCCAUACAUGGAAUCGACGUCUGGGCUUGGUUCAACUCCCGGUCUUAUGUCCCAGCGAGCGCGCGACUUACAGCGCAUGACCGAGUUCGAGGAGGAGAACAUGACUCGACUGGUGAUGAAAAAACGAGAUGCAAGACGCAGGAAGCAAGACGAGGCGGACCUCGCUUUAGGUGGAACUGGAGCCGCAUCCGGCAGGCGUGGGCGCGGUGGUGGGUUCGAGGAUGAGUUUGGUGACAUUCUCAAGUCUGUGGGACGCGGUCGUAACGGCGCUGCCGGUGAUGGGUAUGAGGAGUUGAGGCAAAAAGGACGUAGGCAGAAUGCUCUGACGCGCUCCCGAGCGAGGAGUGCUGAUGAUGGACUGGACGAUCUUGAUGAUGGGCCCAAGCCUAGGAAGCGCAGUAGAUUUGACAAAGAAGUCAAAGCGGCUAAAAAGCGAGUGUCGACGAAGCGUCGAUAG